CUGGGGCCCACAGCGAUGGAGAGCGGGUCCAGGAAGCCGGCUCCCUCCCGGGUGUGUGUGGGCGGCGGCUCCGGGGACAGUAUGACCGGCAGCCCCGAGAAGAGCCUGAGCGCCCAGGACCUGAAGGAGCAGGGAAACCGCCUGUUCCUGGGCAGGAAAUACCAGGAGGCCGCGGCUUCCUACAGCAAAGCCAUUAACCGUAACUCCUCUGUGGGGGUGUACUACACAAACCGAGCCCUGUGCUAUGUGAAGAUGCAGCAGUUUGAUAAGGCGUUGGGGGAUUGUAAACAUGCCCUGGAGUUGGACAGCCAGUCUGUCAAAGCACAUUUCUUCCUGGGCCAGUGUCAGCUGGAAAUGGAGAAUUACGAUGAAGCGAUUGCCAACCUUCAAAGAGCUUAUAAUUUAGCAAAAGAGCAAAGGCUGAAUUUUGGGGAUGACAUUCCAAGUGCUUUGAGGAUAGCAAAGAAGAAACGAUGGAACAGUAUUGAGGACAGAAGAAUUCAGCAGGAGAAUGAUCUCCAUGACUACCUCACCAAGCUGAUCGUGGCGGAGAAGGAGAGGGAAGUGGAACAAUGUAAACGAAAACUCCAUGAAGAGAGCCUGGAUGAGACCCGAACCCGAACUGAAAUCACAAAGAUAGAAGCUAGACAUGACAAGUACAUGACUGAAAUGGAUAACUUAUUCUCCCAGGUAGAUGAAAAGAGAAAGAAGCGGGAUAUCCCUGACUAUCUGUGUGGAAAGAUCAGCUUUGAGUUGAUGAGGGAGCCGUGCAUCACGCCCAGCGGCAUUACCUACGACAGGAAGGAUAUCGAGGAGCACCUGCAGCGGGUGGGCCACUUUGACCCUGUGACCCGAAGCGCUUUGACCCAAGAUCAGUUGAUUCCAAACUUGGCCAUGAAGGAGGUAAUUGAUGCGUUUAUAGCAGAGAACGGCUGGGUGGAAGAAUACUGAACUGGAUUUUAGCACCGUCAGGACUUGCACAUUUGCACUGCGGCAAUGACGGGACUUAUACUAAGUGGAUCUGAGAGUGAGCAAGCCACAGAGAGAUACCGUGAGGCCCUCACAUACAGGAAAUCCUGUGGCUUUGUGCUUCUGGGAUACAGUUACCAUUCGUCUCAUUUUAAAUUUCUUUUAUGUGCAUGUAUACAAUUCUGGUUUUCCACUGAGAUUCUGAACCUGGGACAAUGAGUUGUGAAAGUCCUGGCUCUUUACUAACACUUGGGCAGAGCGGAGCAGCCUUUCACCUCAACAACUCUCUUGUCAUUUGCUUUUUUUUUGGCUUUCAGCAUGAAGGACAAACUGAGUUGAAAUGCAUUCUGUUUUCUUGUUUAAUUAUGAAAUAUUGUGUUUCUUUAUUGGACACCCAGUGCCACUGGGAACGUGACAGUCUCUAAUGAUAAAAGUGAGGCCUGUGUGACUGAGCAACAUAAAUUGUAAUGAAUUUACCUUUCCUAGGUCAUAUAUUAAACACUUACAGUUUAUGUAUAA